UAACUGUUUAUUAUUUCCGCACUGUUCAGGGUCAGUGACAACCUCAUAUCCCGAAACUCUGCAUUUAGAUACUUUUAGAUUUAACGUUUUGUUUUUAUAAAUGAGCAUCCCAGUGGUGGACUUCAGCGCCUUCAGGCUGAGUGAGAAAGAAGUUUCUGAUGAGCAGCUGCACAAUUUAAGCAAAGAGAUGAAAACAGCUUUCACAGACGUUGGCUUUGUGUUUCUUGAAAAUACCGGGAUUACUCCGGAGGAGGUAGAUCGUCUAAUGGACAUAUCGAAGAGAUUCUUCCUGCAGCCAGAUGAACAAAAACAACCUUUCAGCAGGAAAAGCUUCGCCAAUAAUCCGAACCACGGCUGGGUGUCUUUGGAGACUGAGAGGUUGAAUCCACUUCAACCUGGAGAUUUAAAGGAGGCGUUCAACACCGCUUCACUGCGCCCUGACAUAAAAUGGCCGUCAGCAGAGUUCCAGGAGAUCCAGAGGUCUUUCUUCAUGCGCUGUAAAGACCUGAGUCUGCGGGUGCUGAGGGUGAUGGCCCACAGUCUGGGUCUGGACCCCGAGGUGUUUCUUGGUGCGCAUCGUCUUAUAGGAACUGAUGGGAACGCCACGACGCUGCGGUCUCUGUACUACCCUCCAGUGAACAGAGAGCAGGCGAAGGAGGGUCAGCUGCGAUGUGGAGAGCAUUCAGACUACGGCAGCAUCACCUUGUUGUUCCAGGGAUCGGAGGGUCUGCAGGUACGAAGUCGUUCAGGUGAAUACAUCGAUGCUCCCUGCAUCGCCGGAGCAGUCCUCAUCAACAUCGCGGACCUGAUGCAGCGCUGGACCAGUGAUUACUUUGUCUCUGCGCGCCACAGAGUUUUGCUGCCCCCUGCUGGUGACUCCAGCACACGUCAGUCCCUGGCUUUCUUCGUCCAGCCGGAUGACAAGGCUCUGAUCACCUGUUUUGACGGCUCCGACAAAUACCCACCUGUUACAGCUGGCGACUACAUCAUCGAGCGCUUCAACGAGUCCUAUGGACGAAGCUGAAUGUCCAUCCACGAAUUCACACACACUCACGUGUUUAUUAUAAAUGUUACUUUGUGAAAGGACUCGAGGUGCCCUGCUAAGCUUUAAAAAUGUAGGAAUUACUUUCAAAGUGCUGAAAAUGUCACUUUUCGUGUCCAAAUUUCAACAUUUUUAACGUGGUUUGAAUAUGAUUGUGUUUUAGAUAAUCAUGAGUCGAUGUGCGUGAUAAAAACAAAGAGACACAGACCUUAAACUUGCAAGCUCAUUCACUUUAUUGUCCGCAUUCGAAUCUCGUACAACAUGUGGCUGAAUUUACUACAUAGAAAGUUGGGCAGUGGACAGAUUUUGCUAUUGGAAAGGGACAAAAAAAUAAAAUAAAAUCAACUGGUCUAUUGUA